AUGUCUUCAGGUAUUCGGCUCUGGGUCCGACAGACCCAGGCCUUGACCAACAAGAUCUUCCUCAUUACACUAAAGCGACAUUUACUUUCGACUUUGAUACGAGCUCUCGUCAUUCCUAUUCUAGUUGUCUCUCUGACAUUGGGACUCCAAAAGUCCACAUCAUCAGGCAACAGGUUUGGCGUCGGCAGCCCGUCACCCGCUGUGACACUAUCCGACGUCAUCCCUAACAACGCGAAACUCUUCUUCAUCCAGUCCGCCGACGCAGGUAGCGAUGUCUCGGCAGCCAUCAAGACCAUCACCGAUUCCCUCACGAGGAAGCCGAUCGUGCAGGUCCUACAGAGCGACGACGAGCUGGAGCAAAAGUGUCCGACAGACAUCAACGGCCGCACAGACUGCUACGCCGCCGUCACCUUCAACGAUUCCCCCCUCAGCAGCAACGGCGCCAAUCAGUGGAACUAUACCCUCCGCGUCAGUUCCUCCAAAGUCCCCUCCGGCUUUAAUGUCUUCAAGUCGAACAAGGCGGCAAAGAAUCCUUAUGCUCCGCUGCAGCUUGCCGUGGAUCAGGCCAUCACCAACUCGACGACCGUUCCGGAUAUGUUCAUGUAUACGCGGACGACACCGGAUGAUGAUGCCACCCAAAGGCGCAAAGACCUCAUCAGCGGCAUGUUUUCGGGGCUCAAUGUCUCGGGCAUGGCACAGCUCAUAGAUGUCAUGGGCGGUGGUGCUGCUGCCGCUCGCGUCGUGAGCUACCUCAUUGCUUUCAACAUUAUCUAUCUCCCUUCGUUUAUCAUCAUGGGUGGAGUCUUCUCUAGUCUCCUCUUUCCAUCCUCGAGCGCAGGAAUCCCCAUCCUCUGGCAAGUCCUUACUGGCUUGGCCCUUACCAGCUCUUGUGUUUUUGGUGCCACAUUUACCGUUCGAUAUUCCGCCAUCUGCGCUGUCGCCGCCAUCGUUGGCAUGGCUGUCUAUGCCAUGUCGAUGGACACAUUGAAGUACCCCAUCGACUCAUCAACCGCCAUUGGCUUCUCCAUCGUCUUUCCCAGCUGCAGCUAUAUCAUUGUUCUCAACCUGAUGGCUCGCUUUGAACGAAUCGGAAGGCCGAUCGAUAUCUUCGCAUCAGCGCCUAUGAACGGAAUUGACAUGGAGGUUGAAAUGGGGAUUGAAAUGGCCACUAUUGGAACACUCCUUGGAUACCUCGUGUUCACCAUUGUCGCCUUUCCUUUGGCAACCAUCCUCAUCGAGAGAUGGACCCAGGGAAUUAGCAACAAGGGUCGCAAAUUCAGUGGAGGAGGCCAGGCAGAUAAUGGGACAGCCCUACAGGUCAAGAGCCUGACGAAAAAGUACAGUUCCCCACUUUGGAAGCGCAUCUGCUGCUGUUUCUGCUGCGGCCGGAACCGCCCCUUUGUUGCCGUGGACAACCUGGACUUUACAAGUCAGAAGCAACAAGUCCUUUGCCUGUUAGGUAUCAAUGGAUCAGGAAAGACAACAACCAUGGACCUCAUCACUGGAAGGCAGAAACCCACGAGCGGGGUGAUCGAGAUCAACGCCGCAUCGUCACAGAUUGGCUUCUGCCCGCAACGAAACAUACACUGGGGGGAGUUGACUGUUUUCGAACAUGCCUACAUUUGGAACAUGAUCAAGGGAGGGUCGGCAACAACAGCAGAGCUGGAACAACUCGUCGACUCAUGUGAUCUGAGACAUAAAAUGAACAGCCAGGUUGCCACCCUGAGUGGAGGGCAAAAGCGCAAGGUGCAACUUGCAUGCAUGCUUGCUGGAGGAAGCACCAUUUGCCUCAUGGACGAGGUGACUACUGGCAUGGACCCUGUCUCUCGACGAGCCAUCUGGAAUAUCGUCCUUGCCGAGCGGUCGAGGCGAUCCAUGAUUCUGACGACACACUUCCUCGACGAGUGUGAGGUCCUCGCCGACCAGGUUGUGGUCAUCUCGCGCGGCCACCUCAAAUGCCACGGGUCGCCAGCCGAGCUGAAGAACAUGCACGGAGGAGGGUACCGUGUUCGCGUCCCCCAGGUCAACAAUGUCCCCCAGACCAGCUACCCGAUGGCUGUCUACCAGGGCGAGACGAUUUAUACCGUUCCGGACUCGACAUCUGCCACCAGACUUCUUUCAUCACUCGAGGCUACUGGACUGUCUGACGUUUUGGUUACCGGUCCGACCAUUGAAGAAGUUUUCCUUCGCGUCGCCAACGAGCCCGAAGCGCUCGAAAAGAGGGGCACAGGCCUGUCUGAUCUCGCACCCUUGACCAUAAGUGGCGAGGCAACUGAUGGUCAGCUAUCCUCCGGCACAAGCACCACGUUCCUGCAGCAGCUCAUGGCACUUACGAUCAAGCGUCUGACAAUAUUGCGAGGCAAUUACUGGUGGUAUAUACUGGCCUUAGUCAUCGCUUUGCCGUUCUCGCCAACCUUCACCUCGAUGCUGAAAUCGACAGACAUGGACUACAACACCGUCCCGUAUGAGCUGCCUUCCUGCAGCGACUUUGAGCCAUCCUUUUUCGACCUGCCGUCCGCCGUCACUCUAUCGUACUACGGAAAUAAGAAAGCGGGAGAUGUCUCGAUGAUCAUUGGCCCACAGUCGGCACGAGACAGUGUUUUCCGUGCCGUCGACAAGUUUCCCAUCGGUCGAACGAUUAAUACGACGGACUUUGACUCCAAAUACAUUUUCCAGAAUGACUACGACAGUUUCUUAAAGCGUGUCCACGACAAUGCUUCGAGUAUUCUGCUCGGUGCGAUCUACAUGGGCGACGGAUCUGCGAAACCAACAAUCGCUUACAACACUGAGCUCGGCUACGACUCGCCCGUGACGAUGCAGAGCCUCUGGAACCAGGCACGAAGCGGAGUACCCAUCGAAAUACAGCUCGCAUUUUUCACAACCUCCUCUCCUGUCGACGCUGAUGCAGGCCAGCUUCCUGCAACUAUCCGAGCCCUCCAGUACUCCAACAACGUCCGUCCCCGCCCACUCUGGGUCUCUUACAUCAUGGUCGACAUCGUCAUAGUCACCAUCGUCGCCGCGCUCGGCACACUUGCCUUGGCUAUGGAUGUGAAGAAUUGGUACCAUCCAGCCUUCAUAUUCCCGAUCAUGUGGCUCUAUGGCAUCGCGAGCAUGUUGUGGUGCUACAUCAUUUCUCUGUACACCGUGGCGGAGCUGGCCGCCUUUGCUUUUUCCGUUUGCAUCAUGGUUGCUGCGUUUGUCGUAACCAUCGUCAGCUUCUCGGUACGUUGGCACGUUCUCCGCCUGCUAUUCCCCAUCAUGAACCUUUACCGAGCCCUUGUCGUCGGCCUCAACGUCUGGCUUGUCACCUGCCGUGACUUCAAGCUCAUCGCCAACCCAGGGUCAUUCAACGCAUACGGCGGUCCCCUCGCUCUCCUCAUCGUCCAGGUGCUCUACCUAUUCCCCCUCCUGCUAUGGCUCGACGGAAGAAACACUUUCUCCAUGCCAUGGGGCAAGAAGAAGCUCGUCGACAGCGAAGAGUCCGUCUCCGGCGCGCCGCAGGAUAUCGAAAUGAAGAGCAUGCGAGUAGCCAGUUCGGAGAAGAACCUUCUCUCAGUGGAGCACGUCUCAAAGUCGUUCAAAGGCAAGCGCGCCGUUGACGACGUGUCGCUGGCCAUGACCGAGGGCUCCUUCGAUGCUCUGGACAAAAUCACGGCCAGGCAACAAUUGGAGUUCUACGCCCGCAUCAAGGGCAUCAAAGACAUGAAGCGCGAUGUCGAUUUUGUCAUGGCUAGGGUGGGGCUGACGCCGCAUGCCUCUCGUCUCACACAUAAACUGUCUGGCGGCAACAAGAGGAAGCUGAGUCUCGCGAUUGCACUCUUAGGCAACCCCGAGGUUCUCAUUCUGGACGAGCCGAGCUCCGCAAUGGACGCCAUCGCGAAGCGCGAGAUGUGGAAGAUGCUGUCAUCCAUUACGCCAGGACGUUCUGUUCUCUUGACGACACACUCCAUGGAAGAAGCAGACGAGCUUGCGACUCGCGUGGCCAUCAUGUCCAAACGCGUCCUCGCCAUCGGCACAAGCCAAGAGCUCCGCCAGCGCUACAGCAACGUCUACGACGUCCACCUCGUCCUGACAACAGCGCCAGGCUCCACGCGCAGCGAGAUGCACAGCAUUGAGUCCUGGGUGCACCAGGUGUUCCCGGAGGCGUCCUUUGACGCGGCCAGCCUUGGUGGACAGGUGCGGUUCGUCAUGCCCGUCGGGGCCGGGCCUUCGCCUGAUGGGAGGAGCACGGUGAGAAGGUUGAUGGAGACGCUGGAGGAGCAGAAGGUGAACCUUGGGCUCGCCCAUUAUACUGUUGGAAUGGGCACUUUGGAGAUGGUUUUCUUGAAUAUCAUGAAGGACAGCGGUGCGGCGGAGGAGGAAGAGCAGGACAGGCCCAGCCCGAGAAGAAAGGGGUUGAGGCGACUGGUGCCGGCAUUUAGGUCGGGCAGACUCUCCUUUUAA